GCCGAACUCUCCAUCGGGUCACAUGUACAGCAAGAGCAAGAGCAAGAUUGAGCAACAGAGAGGCGAGGGAGGAGAUUGACCGAACUUUUCUCUCAUUUUUCUUAAUAUCUCCCUAAUUAUGGCGUCCCAGGGCAUGCCGGGCAGACAGGGAGGAGGCGAGGGUCAGUUUCGUCCGGCCUUCAACCAGGAGGAGUUGAGGGUCCUUCGGGAGUGCAACAGGGAGUCCUUCUACUUCCGCUCCCUGCCCUUCGCCGCGGCAAUGUCCGGCGCGGCGUUCCUGGCCAUGCGCAGAGGCAUGCUCCGUACCAGCGAUAGGUUCGGCUACACCCCAAAGAUGGUGGUCGGCGCGGCGAUCGGCUAUUUCAUCGGCAAGCUCUCCUACCAGGGAGCGUGUGCCGAGAAAUUGAUGCGUCUACCGGACAGCCCGAUCGGCGACGCACUGAGGAAGAGGAAGAAUAGGGCGUUUGGGACGGCUGGAGUAGGAGGUGGCGGCUUCGAGGAGAGGGUCAGCUCCGAGGCCGGGUUUUCGGUGGGUCAGCCAAGUCAGUCCUACGGUGAGGUCAGGUCAACCGAGGGACUUGUCCACGACCCGAGACACGAGCUUGACCUGACAGAGGGCCUGGACGACUACCAUAGAGUGACGGAGUCUCUCAGCCCCUACACGGAUGACUCCUCCUCCUCCUCCUCCUCCUCUCUUCCUCCAUCUACCAGCUACCAAGAAUUGAGGAGACAAAAUCGCGAGGAAUAUGUCAACAAAAUGGCCGAGAAAUAUCGCCGACCAGGCCAAGAUACCCAGCCAGACCAUCCCUCCCCCUCCCCCCUCCCUCCUCCUCCCCCCUCUUCCUUCCCCUCCUCCUCCUCUUCCUUCCCCUCCUCCUCCUCCUCUUCAGUGAGAAAGAACCAGUAUGGGGAUGAUGUAUAUGAGUGAGCUAGCUUUAAUUCUCUCUCUCUCUCUCUCUCUCUCUCUCUCUCUC